CAUAUUGCUUUGUUUAUCAUCUUUGUCUUAACAACCAUACAUGAACAAUUUUCAAAUGCUAAUGGCUUUUAAUGGAUUUUAUUUUAUUCCAAAUAAAAGAUUAGCCCUGUGAAAUCACCCUAAUAGGCCACUUUGAGAGUGCAUUCUUAAAUUGACAUUUUCUGGGCAAAAUAUGGGUCCAGUUAGCAAAACAAACCUGCCAAGCAAAUACCCACCCUUAGAGUUAAUACUAACAAAAGCUGGGGAACGGUGGAAAAAGAAGCAAGAGAACAACAGACAAUCAAAGGCUGUUAUUUUAAUCUGCCCAACCCCAGAGAUUAGUGGAGCACAUUGUUUUAAUUGUUUAAAGGGGGGAGCGCAAUGGACGCUCAUUGACGGGAGAUGCUCUGCCUAAAUCUCCCAAGUUCAAUAGUUUCAAAAACUUGAGCCCCAAGACCCCCCUUUUCUCUCCCUCAUCCCAGUUAAUCCAAGCUAAUACCUUUCUUUCUAUUGGCUAAUGGUUGAAGGAAGCUGAAGUUAAUGCCUCUUAAAUAGUGGAUACGGAGCUGGAGAGAAACUAAACUGAUGCUUGAGUUACGCAUGGAGCAAUACGAGACUGGAAAUACAAGGACCAAACAAGUUAAAUAGCAAUAUUUGAAGGAUUUUUCUAUCCGCAUUGGAUUUUUUUAUCUUAUGAGAAGUUACACAAACGAUCAUUUGAUAGUCAUUGGAAGUCCCAACAAGUGAAAUGGAUUCUGUGUACUUCUGUGGAUCAAGAAGCAGCCAAGGCCUCUUUCCAUUGUCACAGGUCAACUCUUUAUUUUUUGAUGUUCACCAGCAGAUGGCACAGCAGUAUCAGGUUCAUUCAGCAGGCAGUCCAUCAUCCAUCCAAACUUUUACAGUAGCAGAACGCCUGGCAGAGCUCAUUCUUGAGGCUCGAUAUGGGAACCAGCAGAAACAGCGCCGCAGCCGCACAGCCUUCAGUGUGUCACAGUUGCAAGCCCUUGAAAAGGCCUUUCAACAAACACAGUAUCCAGAUGUGGGCAUGAGAGAGAGGCUGGCACUCUGCAUCAACCUCCCAGAGGCUCGUAUUCAGGUGUGGUUUAAAAACCGCCGUGCCAAGUUUCGAAAAGGUCAACGCUUUAGUCCUCUUCUAAAAGAGGAAAGCCUUGUGCAUCGCUGUUCAAGUAAGCAAAGAAAACAAGAGGCGAAGGAUCACGAGAAAGACUCAAAAUCUCAAAGCCCGAUCAGAGACGACAAAGUCAAACCUACAAUUUCAUCCUCAACGGACACUAUUCAUGUUCAACCCCAACCCAGUCUAAACUCCUCUGGUGUUUUUCCAUUCGUUACUGGACAACACUACCAACAACCAGUGCAUAAUGCACUUGGCCUUUUGUCUGCUGGCCUUCCUUUUCCUCCUAACUACUUACCCAUAAUGCAACAUCAGCACAGCAUGUCUGCCAAUCUUGUGUCAAUGGGAAAAUGUAGCAAUCUUGUUCCUCAAUCUGUCUGUCAUUCUAAAUCUAUGGUACACCACCACCUAGACAUGUAGCAGUAGCACCAACCAAAAGACCCGACUGAGUCGGUUCUUCACGUUGGGAUGUAAACAGGGUAACAGGUGUCCCAGUGUUCCUUCCCCACAACUUCCACUCUUAGAAUAGAAUAAUUUUGGGGGAAAAGUUUGGAAUUGGAUAUUUUUCUUUAGCUUUUUCAAAUGAUUGUGUUGCACACAUAUUUUGAGCACUUUGUAGAUUUUUAUAAACAUUAAUCUCAUAGUUUGUUUGAGUAUUUAAAUAUUUGUAAACAUAAGAACCACCCAAAUAGGUUUUGACUUGAAGCAGUUCAAAAUCCUGAAACAGUGGUUACAGUGGAAAUGGGUAAUGAUAUGAUUUGUUCUUUGUAGAACUUUAUUGUGUGACCUUGGGAUUGCUCAUGAAUUUUUAGAUAUUCAUUACUUUUAUUGCAAAUAAUUUUAUUACAUAAUCAUGAAGCAAUAGCAUAUAAAUAGUGUCUUAUGAUCAUGAUCCUUUUUUUAUUUUUAUGCAAAAUCAUAAACCAUUCACUGGCAUUGAAGAAUGCUCUAACAUGGAUUUUAAAGAACUGUAACUCUUUAAAAAAAGAUAAUUAAAGCAACUUUAUUGUACUGUCCCCCACAUGUUAAAAAAGCUAUUUUAUUUUCGUAUUUAGAAGAAAUAAAAUUUUGCAUACAUUCUUUCCAUUUUA